CAGACCUUGUGAACGGAUGAAGAUCGAGUGCUAGUACAUGUAUCGGCAGCGCUUGCUGGGCAUUGCCAAAAACCUAGAUUCUGAUUUCGUGCAGAAGCAGGUGAUCCGUAGUGUGGUAAAUCGACCACUACCACUGUGCCACUGCACUGCCAGCCUCAAACUCAAAGUAACAGUUGCUUACCUGCUCAAGACGCAGAGUGCAGCUUGCUCUCGGCUCACUCAGCCCAGGUCUUUCAGCGUAGAUCGCGAAGCGUCACACUCUGGUGGUGUUUGCGACGGACUCGUCCUGCUGCGUACCCCUACAUACUGUGGCCAGCGUAGGCUGUAGUGCCGUGAUCGUGAGCUCAUAAUUAUCAGCCGCUUUGUUCUUCACUGAGACUUGUUGUCAAGGUUUUCAUCGAGCGAAGCAGGGCGCACGUCGGCAGAUACCCGCUCGGCGCUGGUCCGAUCUACCCGCACCGGUCGCGUUGUCGUGCGACGAGCACAACGGAGCAGCGAAGAGAAUGGCGCAGCGGCCAUUCCUCGACCCGCGCCCACCCGAGGGGGGCACAAAUUCUAGUGGCUUCAUGUCAAGUCAAAGUUUCGUGGACUGUGUGAACAGGACCAAUGUACAGUUUCCAGGUGCUCAGCCUGCAGUGGAACAGUCAUUUGAUGCUGCAGCGCUGCAACAUCAACAGUUGCAGCACCAGCCAUGGUCAAUGCAACAAGAUCAUGCACAGCACCUGCAGCAACAGCAGCAGCCGCAUGUACAGCAGUCGCCAAUGCAACAAUAUCAAGCGCAACAGGUGCAGCAGCUGCGGCCGCAGCAGCAACAACAACUGCAGCAGCAGCUACAACAACAGCAACAGCUGCAUGGACAGCAACAGCAGCAGCGACAAUAUCAGCAACCAACGGAGCAAUACCAACAAGCUACCAACCAGCUUGCUGAACUAAGCCAGGUUGCGUCUGCGCUGCCUGCAUCCUGUACCGGCACUGCUUCUAACGGCUUUAACGUCGCUGGUCAGCACUACACACUGUCAGGCAUUGGGGCUGCAUUUGGGCAGGACAAUGUAGGAACGGCAAUGGAGGAUGGCAUGGAUUCGUCUGACAAGGGCUACUCUUCUGGACCAAUGGCUACUCUUGCCACCAUUGCUGGUGACGUUGAGCUGGAGCCGAUGUCAAUGCAAUCUUCUGGCCCGCAGGGGCAAUUACCAAACAACACCACUCCAACUGGAAUACUUCCACUGGGUGGCUCUGCAUCUUGCAAUAAUGGUGGUGGUGUGAAUGGAGCUCCAUUUCAACCAUAUGCUCAAACCAAUGGCAAUGGUUCAAUGGCUUUCAAUACCACCACCAACACUAGUGAUCUUUGCACCACCCAUAAUCAGGGUCCACAAACAGUCCAUGCUGUGAAAGCGGCUGCAUUCUCUUGCAGCAGCAGUAGCGACAACAUCAACAACACAAGCAGUGGGAGUGGCGCAUCCGAUGCGGACACUGCCCUGCCUAACGUGAAUCAAAUUGACCGGCGUCUGUUGGUCUCCCAAACCGGUCUUUACCAAGGCGGUGGAUCCAGCUUGAAUGUCGGUACUGUGCCAGUGGCCAACCAUUUGAUUAAACCAGCACAUGCUGUAAUGCCUGGAUCAAACACAAGCAUCUCUGUUCACCCAGUUCCUAACAGUCAGGGCAACUUUAGACCACCUAAUGAAUUGGACACAGCCUUCAUCAACAGUCAGCCUCCCGGCCGCAACAAUGCUUCCAUGGUGCAUGCUGCCGUCUCGAAGUCACACACUGGAAUGGUACCUACCAACGAGACAGCUGCUUCACUGCCGAUAAACAAUCAGUCAUCUAUGGCUAGCCAACAACAGCAGCAACAACACCAGCAGGAACAAUUGCAGCAUCAGCAGCAACAGCAAUACCAGUAUCAGCAGCUGCGGCAGCAGCAGAAGUGGAAUUCGCACGGUGCAGGCCUACACGAAUGCCCUAUACUAUCCGACAAUGAUAUCGAGGAUUUACUUGGAUGUAUGACACCGGAUUCUGGAGAGGCAAGGCACAUGGCUAGUUCAGGACAAUGUGGGCCUCACAUCACGACUCCAUCAUUGCCGGCAGGUAAUGACGAUGGAAUUCACCCCUUCCCGGCGAUGGAAUUCAACCCUACAGAAGUGCCUCGGAGUGCCCCCAUGGCGGCUGCAUCUGUUGCUGCUGCUGCUUCUGCAGUUAGUCCCCCACACGGACAUAGUGUGGAGGAAGUCCAAGCUGAUGACAUGGCCGCAAGCAAAGCUACACCGUCCACUCAGUCGGAUAACAAGGUCACUGAAAUGAUGGCCAGACUUCUACAAGUCCUGAAGAAAAAUGAGGAGUUGGAAAAAGCACUGAAGUUGAAGGAGGAAGAGGCAGAGCACCAUCGUGUUGCGGCCCUGGAGACAACUCGUCUUGCUGAGGAGAAUGCCCGCCUUGCUGAACACAAUCGACAUCUUGCUGAACAGAAGCAUGUGGCAGAGCAAGCUAGGCAUGACCUUCAACAAGCGGUGAAUCGGAACAAGGCCAAGCCAGGGCUGCUUGAUGCCACCAGGUCAAAAUCAAGGCCAAGACGCGCACGUUCGUCGUCAAGACCGAGCGUUGAGCCAACUGAAAGAGAGGAGUCCAAGAAGAAGCUGAAUGAACUGUUACUCCAUGGAAUGGGACACCCAAAUCAGAGACCACUGCUGUCAGCGCCUGUCCCGACCACCACACAAGCAGAGGCAAUGAGUGCCGAAGCUACUCAAACCUCGGCUGGAGUCAGGAGUUUCAUUGGUAGAAUCAUCAAGCCUGAAGAAAUUGAGCAUGUUACCCUCACGCCAGGCAAAGAAAGAUUCAAUCGACAAUUCCAUGUGAAGGCACACUUCAACAGGUUUAUCCCAGACUGUGCGUCGCAAUGUCAUACCCUUUACUUUCAACUGACGUCCACAAGGCGCACUGUGAGGAGUCAAGCAGCUGAGUUUUCCAGGCACACUCACAUUCUCACAGCACUAGUGCCAAGCAUACCAAAGGAUGGCAUUGGCUGUAAUGAGGAAGUGUUUGAAGUCACGCUGGUUUGCCAAAUGGGUCGCAAAUCAUGUCCGGCCAUUGGCCAAAUCACGCUCACUGCGUUGGAACAACGGGCAGGCCCUGGGUCAAAAAGCUCAGUUCCCACGCGAGAUCCGAACACUGCAACCAGUGGAUCAGGAACACGUGGAAGUAGUGCACCAGCAGGAGCAAGCAACGCAUCAUCCUGCUACAGAGCCCUGCCUGGUGGAAUGCAGGCUGGAAUAUCUCACUGCAACAUGGCCAUUGCUACAGGAGCUGAUAUCAAUGUGAGCAACCAUGGCGGUGCUGACAGUAACGAUGGGAGCAGCUCGUCAGAUUGUGAUCCAACAUGCCAUCAGUGUGUUGCCACGGUUCCCUUUAUGAUGUCCGUCCAAGGUGGGAUAACAAGUUCAUCAUCUUCGACUGAAACUGACCUCGAUGACAACGUGUGCAGAGUAACAGUUGGAGACGCAGUCAGCCAAACUUGCGGCGUGCAAGCUUCGGCAAAGGAGCUAACGCAGCACUGCAUUCCAGACAACUACAAAGUGCUUGGCACGGUUGAGCAGAUCACACACCUCUUCCAAGCACUGAUCAAUGAGGAAGAUUGCACAGUUGCGAGCAGCAAAAAGGAUGAUGCAAAGGAGGAGUCAACCUUGCAGAACGCAAGCCAACUGGAGGAUUCUACCCAAUCCGCUUCCUCCUCUGCAAGCCAGUCCAUUCUGGAUUCGUGUUCUCAAUCCCUCUGCACUACAAGCAAUCUGGAGUACUGUUACCUGCCGGUUUCUAGAACGAAAUCAUCCCUGGAUGAUAUCACCUCCAGCCAGGACCACUCAGAGCAGCCUGACAAUGAGAAUAGGCGACGUGCAGGUGAAGGCAGCACUGCAGCUAGCUACAACCCAUUUCAACCUAGUGACCAAGGCCCAGGAUACCCCAUCAUAGUCUUUUCUUCCAUUGACCCUGUUCCCGUCGUGAUCCCGGUCCAUGGUGGGAUGACAAGUUCAUCAUCUUCGGCUGAAACUGAUUCCGAUGACAAUGUUUGCAGAGUACCAGAUGGAGACGCAGCCAGAAAACCCUGUGGCGUGCAAGCUUCGGGAAAGGGGAUUGUCCUCUUGGGCGGAACUGGACGUGGUAAAUCCACAAUAAUAAACAUGCUGAUUUCGUGUGCGUGCAGUCGGGUAAGUGCCAUAUCGUGUCCAGGAUCUCUGAAAACUGUUCUCUUUGCUUUGCAGAGAUGUAGAACUAUAGCUGGUGCUCCCUGUUAUCGUGUGCAUAUUACCCAUCAGAAGUCAGAAUUUUCGAUCACCACUCUGUGUGUUUCAUGCUAUGCUAUUAUGUAAUCAUCUGGUUCUGUGAGUGCCUGGGUGGAAUUUGCUUAGUCUUGGAGCAUUUCAGUCUGCCUACGUUGUUCUUGAUUUGUAAGAAAUAUGAUGGUAGGUAAACAACAGAGAGAAACACACAACACUCUUUUUCUGACAUAUCGAUCAUAGGAAACACUAGAGGGUUUGGAGGACAGUAGGACCGAAAGAACUCUUCCACCUACCCCAGAGCAUUACAAAUCAAGGACCUCACGCAGGAUAGCUGCCGAGCCAAGGAGAGAAUUCUUUUGCAAUUCAGACACAGAGCAGCAGCUGGUGAUACCUAUGGUGUCAAUGUAUCCUAGCAACUGUUUGCAAACAGUGCCUGAAGUUCCAACUACCACAGGAACAAUGUGAGUCUCAACUUGCCAUAGCCGAUGGACUUUGCAAGCAAGAAGUAGAAUCGUGACGACACGGUGAAACAAACGGACAUCGUCACGUCACUAUGGCUGCCGGUUUUCAACACUUUUGCCUAAUCUUUUGUGUGUAUUUGUUUGCAUGCAUACGUGCGUGUGUGUGUGUGUGUGUGUGUUUGUGUGCUAUAUGACCGGGACAUUUGUUCAAUGCU